AUGGUAUGAAUAGUCUUAUAUAGAGAGGCUGUAUUACUAAAUUUGGUUUAAGGAGCUCCAAUAAUAGACAUUUAUUUAGAUGGAUUAGAUACAAGGAAAACUGCAAGAUUUAAUGACAAAUAAUAAGGUUUAAUACGAUUACCUGUAUAUUCAGUAAAAUAUAAAUUUAAUUAUUGAGGAUGAUGAUGAUAUAUCAGGUGUAGUAGAUUUAAGAAUGAAUAAGAAUAAAAAGAUUGAUCAUUUAGGUAUUCGAAUUGAAUUGAUUGGAAGAAUUGGUAAUAUUUGAUUAAAAUAAUGUAGAAAUACUUAAUGAUUAAAAAUAAUCAUCAGAUUUUAUGUCAAUGGGAAGAGAAUUAGAUGCAUAAGGUAUAUUAAUGGAAGAUAAAACAUACAAAUUUACAUUUAAUAAAUUUGAGAAAUAAUAUGAAAGUUAUUAUGGUAAAGAAGUAAAAUUAAGGUAAGUUGAAAUAUUAAUUAUAUGUAGAUAUUAUUUACGUGUUACUAUGAAUAGAAAUUAUGGAUAAGUGAAAAAAGAAAUAGAAUUUGCAGUAUAAAUUGUAGAUAAAGAAUAAGAAAAUCAACCUUAAACUUCUUUAAAACUUGAAGUAGGAAUUGAAGAUUGUUUACACUUAGAUUUUGAAUAUUUUAAAUCAAGGUAUCAUUUAAGAGAUGUUGUAACAGGAAAGGUUAACUUCUAUUUAGUUAAAAUAAAUAUAAAAUAUAUGGAGUUGGCUGUGAUUCGUAAAGAAUAGAUUGGAUAAGGUAAUAAUUAGUAAACUGAUAAUGAAACAUUGGUGAAAUAUGAAUUAAUGGAUGGAUGUCCUUAAAAAGGAGAAGUUGUACCUAUACGAUUAUUUUUGAGUGGUAUUAAUAUGUCACCAACUUUAAAAAAUGUGAGUGGCAAGUUUAGUGUGAAAUACAUUUUGAAUUUAAUAUUAGUAGAUGAUGAAGAUAGAAGAUAUUUUAAAUAAUAAGAGAUUACAAUUUAUAGAAAGAAAUGA